AUGUUCGACCAACUCUUUUCGAGGAGGAACUCUGAGGUUGAGCACACUUCCCCAACACGUGAGAGCGGGACUCCCGUGUCACCCCAUAUGCCCAUAAGUCAGUGCAUUGCUGGAGAAGUAGCAGGGAUUGGUAUUUCGAUUGGGUAUUGCGAUUCCCCUCCUCCCAUUAUUUCAGUCGAGUCAAUUGUGGCUGCUAAACCCUGGUAUGAGGAUUUUCCGGACUACAGUUUAAUUUCCGUAGGACCCAGAGAUGGAAACGAAGAGGAGCACUCCUCUGCCGGACACACCCGGGGCUGGAACGCUAGCGGCUUUCUCGCUGCCAUCUGCGGCAUAGGCAUUGCCCUCUCUUUCUGGACCCCAAGGAACUUGUGGGUGAUUAUGGGUGGCUUUGGCCUUAGGCGGGAAAAGAGACAGCAGAAGUCACGGGAACAGGUUCGUGUCCGGGCUAGGGAAGACGUCUAUGCCCACGAGCGUAUCGGGACAAGGUCGGGGGGGAAGGGUAAGCAACGAGCCAUCGAAGCUUCCGAAUCCGAGGGCGAGUCCUCCACCACCUUGGGAGAGUCGACCCCGCUGCUUGUCGGCCCACACGUCCCCUCUUAUAACAAGAUUGACGUCUACGAUCCGGACGAGGAGCCCAAGCCCACUUUUAACCGUGGUGAUCUCGAACCGGUCCCGGUUUCCCCAGUUGAGAACUUGCUUACCACUAUUGAGGAGGACAUUGAGCCCCGAUCGUUGCCGAAGAACUCAGGCUUCCAACUUCCUGAACGCAAGUUGCAGACCGAGCAGCCCAUCCUCGAAGGCCCUGAGGCCGCCGAGGUGGCUACUCCAGAUUCCGAGGGUCAAUGUCCCUUCCACGUUCGCAAGAACAGCCUCCAGAUCCAGCCUCUCCCGGUGUCGAUCGUCAUCCCCACCGGGAAGCCGGCUUCCAUCAGGAGACCCAGAUCUGAGGAGUCUAUCGUUGGUUCGCCCCCGAAAGAUUCACCAGCCUCAUCUUACCGAUCUCGCUCGCUCCCCCGUGCUUUCGCUAUGCGUGAUGCCUCGAGGAGGCGGGAGGAGGAGGAGGAGGAGGAAGAAAAGGAGAAGAAAGUUGAGGAGCCACAGGCGAUGGAGCCCGAGCUCGCCGCUGAGACUGUCCCCGAGCACAUCCAAGCCGAGAAGGAAGAAAAUAAGGAGAAGGAAGAUAAGGAGGAAACACCAGUUUUCAAUCUUAUUCCUGCCACUCCUGCCGCUAUUCCUGAGGAGGUUCGUGAUGCUGCCGAGGCUGCCAUGAAGGAGGCUCAAGAUGACAAGGCCUCGUCCGAAGAAGACAAGAAGGACCAUCGCAAGACCUUGAGCGAUAGCGCCAGUAUUAGAAGCAGGAAGCACUCGAGGGCUAACUCCCUCUCUGAUCUGAGGGAGGAGCCGGAGGAGUCCGCCGCACCCGCCAGGGAAAACAGUGGUUCUUUGACUGUUGACUACAAGGGCAAGCAGCCCGCCACUUCCGACGAGGACGAUAUCUCGAUUGUAGAUCACCCCGUCUCCGCCAGUCCCGACCAACUCUCCAUCAACGAGGAGGUGAAAAAGACUGAGGAGCCCAAGCCAGCUCCUGUCGUCGACUCCCCAUCUCACGGACCCCCACCAUCCCGCGGCGGAAGCAUCAUGGAUGACGGCAAGUCCAUCAGCUCGCAAGACCCCAAGUCCAGCCCCAGCCGCAAAGGAUCCUUCCGCCGUAUGGUAUCUGGUCUCCCAACCCGCCAGCCAUCCAACGACGCAAUGAAGAGGGAGGGCUCCCUCAGGAGGUCACUUACUUCAGUGAUUCCGGGUGGAAAGUCGAAGAAGAGGGACAAGUCGGCGCCUCCAUCAUCAGCAUCUUCACAGAUCCUCAAGCUAGACACUGAGGCACCUGCGGGCUCCAAGUCGACCACCGAUGUCCGCGAGGCUAUCAAGCCGCCCAGUGAAUCCAUCAACACUGCCUCCCCAGUAAAGCCCGAUGAGACUCCCGCCGUAUCCCCGGUCGCCGGUCCUUCAUCCGACGACGCACAGAGCACGAGAGAGGAGGAGAAGCCGAAGCCGGCAUCCCGCCGAUCGAGCUGGUGGGGUAUUUCGAAGGAAUUGAAGAGGAAGAAUAGCAUUGCAAAGUCAGAUAAGGGUGAGGAAGUUACCACCAGACCUGCUACUGCUACCUCCACUACCGCCCCCGUAGUAGCACCCGCCACCCCCGAAGGAAAGGGAAAGGAAGUUGAGCGACCAGCUGAGGUCACUACUGAAGCCUCUCCCGCUCCUCCUCCCGCUCCCGCCAUCCCCACAGAGGGGGUUGCCAAGUCCGACGCACCCGCCGCCAUUGCUGAACCCGCCACUACCGAAACACCCGCCACCGAGACCCCUGCAGCAGCUGCCGCCUCCCCCCCAAAGCCGAUGCUUAAAGAGCGAGUAGAGCGAGUAAAGUCAAUAAAGUCGUUCUGGGGCAGGAAAUCAUAAGCAUGCCGAAUUUUCCCGAAUUUUUUAUUUUCACGACAUAAUCGACAUAAUCGCAUAAUUCACGAUAUGAAAGCUUUAUUGAUUGAUUUUAUUCCAAAUUGCAAACAGCGCCCAUAUAGAGCGUGCAUUUUGUUUAUUUUUAUUUGUUUAUUCUCAUUCCAUGAAUUCAUUUUUUUCAUUUUCUAAUUUCUUUUGUGUGGCAAGAUUGAAACGAACAGAACGGACGAGAGGACGAUUCUUGUAUAGUAUAGUACGUUAUUGUGUCUUUUCUCCCUUUGUUUACAUUUUCUAUUUUUCUCUUCCCGGAUAUCUAGUUUGCUCUCGGUUCCUCGCAUAGCAAUGAUGUAGAGGUGCAUCGCAUGGGGUUUUCUUUUUUCUUUCCAUUUUCAUCCUUCCGUUAGCUUGGUAGCAUUCGUUUGGGGGAGUUUUUUCAUGAUUCUCUUUUCACUUCUUUUCACUUCAUUUCGUUUCUCAUUCUUCUCUUUCACAGCUCGAAGUAUGGACUGAUGAUAUGGAUUAUGCACGUAUUUGAGUUAUUAUCAAUAGCGAGUUUGAUGGAGU